AAAUAUAAUAACGAUUGGUGGAUCGGUCGGUUAGUCAAGGAAGGUCAUGAUUUGGGCUUCAUUCCAUCGCCGGUGAAGCUUGAAUCACUUCGACAGCAAACUGCAAAAGCCGGAAAGUUUAAGCAGUCAACGUCGACGACAAACCUCGGUGCCCUGGACAACAUGAUGCCACGCAGCGAAUCACGAGGAUCAACCCCGCCCACUCCAGAAGAUGACGAAUACAGUGCUAGGAAGAUAACGAACAUUGUCACGACUCCGCCCACCAAAGAGAAGAAGAAACUGAUAUUCAAAAAGCAAGAAAAUCUGCCGCCGUACGAUGUCGUGCCGUCGAUGCGGCCGGUUGUUCUUGUUGGCCCGAAGCCUCAAAGGUUACGAAGUGACCGAUAUGAUGCAAAAAGCGGUGUUCGAUUAUCUGAAGCAUCGAUUUGA